GCGGAGGCCGGUGCGGCGGUGCGGCGACGAGAUGGCCUCCGUGGGGCCAACGCUGGUGCUGAGGCGGGAGCAGGUGAUCGCCCACAGUCAGUAUCAGAAGUCCCAGCGAAUCUCCAUCUUCCUGAGCAUGCAGGACGAAAUCGAGACCGACGAGAUCAUCAAGGACAUCUUCCGCCGCGGCAAGACCUGCUUUAUCCCCCGGUACCGGUUCCAGAGCAACCACAUGGACAUGGUGAGGUUGGCGUCGCCCGAGGAGAUCGCUUCGCUUCCCAAAACAUCCUGGAAUAUUCCUCAGCCCGGCGAGGACGAGGCGCGGGAGGACGCCUUGUCGACAGGUGAGCACGCGGUACCAGGAUUGACAUGCUCGGUGCUGGGAGACUGUGAUGAGUUCUUAGACCUCUGUGCCGCGGGUGAUGUUUGGGUCUUUGGGGGUCGCUUUCCCUGUCGGGACAAAUUUGUGUUCUACUUGUAUUCCACGACACCCACAUUGCCUGACUUGGGGUGCCCUCUGCGCUGUGAGCAGCUCCAGCAGGCGAGGCCCUACACCGUGGCCUUGGCGUUCAAGGAGCAGAUCUGCGAUCAGGUCCCCGUGGACGAACACGACAUGAAGGUAGACGAAGUCCUCUACGAAGACACCCCCUGA